AUGGGUGGUUGGCUCGCCCCGAAACAGGUUAAACAGGCCUGUUCUGUGCGUGUUGAGAGCAGAGUAGCUCAGCGCACCACCAUCCCUUCGUUUCAGCGUGACGAUCCAGGUCACAAAGUCCUCCGCGACCAGAGUAUCAAAGAUGAGGGGAUCGACGCGUAG